AUGGAUCUCCGCAGAGACGGCCACAUACACGACUACGAGGAGGUCUACCUUCCGAUCGCCUCCCUGAACGAUCACAGCCGUGAGAUCUUAACACGCGCCAUCACCAACGUUUUAUCGACAGAUCUUGCGAAACAAACCUACACUCAAAUAGUCGACGGAUUGCCGUUAUCGGAUGUAGCCCGUGACACAUAUCUACCGCCCCCUUAUUUCAGGCACCCGUUAUUCACUGAUCACAACGAACUCUGUACUGACUUACAUACGAUUCAGCUCCUCCUUUGGUAUCAACACACCGUUCCUGAACGCCCUCGGGCUUUGGUCGAGCUUGUGGCCAGAUGUGUCCACCAGAUCGGCGCUUGGCUUUAUCGGCAGGACCGGAGCCGGCACAAGGAAGAUGCCCUUGGUAAAUGGCGUCCUUCGGAGUCCGACGCCCGAUUCUACCCCAAGACAUUUCCAGAGACCCUAUUCUGUCACCCCUGGUACCGCGAUUACGACCAAUACCCGGGUGGAAUAGCAGACAGUGUGGGAUAUUGGGCCGAGGCCCGCAUCUUGGGCGGUGUGAUUGUGUUUGAUCGGCGUGACCCGAUAAUGGAGGAUAACGACGGUGUCUAUACGAUCGCAGACCGAAAACGCACCAUCUACCGUAUCUGCCGCUUUCUCGACGGCCAAGUGGAAGAUCUGGUAGAUUUCCUCCUCUCCGAAACCACCCCUUCGCCCGAGCAGUGCCCGCUUCCCAUCCUACCCGGUCCGAACAACGGUCAACGUUUCGAUCCCGAGAGUCCCAUCCUGAGGACCGGUGUUUGGCGCGAUCCAUGGGAGCGCCGCCUUCGUCCUCGUACUGAGAAAGAUCUUCGUAAUACCACAUCUGUCACGAACGAAUUCAAUUACGAGCCACAUUGGGACAUGGGGGAAGCGAAAGAGCGUUGUCGGAGGGAAAGAACUGAGAGGGGGUAUGCAUACCCGGGACCUCGCGUCAUUCUGCAGCUUGAUCAAACUUUCAGGUCUGCAGCUUGA